AUGAAGCUCUCCGUCUUCAGCGCCAAAUCCUACGACCGGAGCUACCUCGACCAAGUGCUCACCACCCGCUUCCCCAACCUCUGCACAAUCGAAUAUCACGCCUUCGCCCUCUCCGACGAAACCGUCCCGCUCGCCCAGGCCAGCGAUGCAGUCUGCGUCUUCGUAAACGACACACUCGACGCCUCCGUCCUGCACGCCCUGCACAAGGGCGGCGUCCGCGCAAUCCUCCUCCGCUGCGCAGGCUUCAACCACGUGGACCUCAGCACGGCCGAAAAGCUGGGCCUCUUCGUCGCGAACGUACCCGCGUACUCGCCCGAGGCCGUAGCUGAGUUUGCCGUGACGCUCGUGCAAACGCUGAACCGCAAGACGCACCGGGCGUAUAACCGCGUGCGCGAGGGCAACUUUAAUAUCGAGGGGUUACUCGGGACGACGCUUUACGGGAAGACGGUGGGGAUUGUGGGCGUGGGACGGAUUGGACUUGCUGCGGCGCGGAUCUUCCACGGGUUUGGGUGUCGAUUGAUAGCGUAUGAUCCGUUUGCGGGGCCUGAAUUUGGGCAGUAUGGCACGCUGGUCGAGUUGGAUACGCUGUUGCAGGAGAGUCAUAUUGUCAGCUUGCAUUGUCCGUUGACCGGAGGGACGAAACAUUUGAUUAACGAGAGUACCCUGGCGCGGAUGAAACCCGGUGCGAUGCUGGUGAAUACCUCGCGGGGAGGAUUGAUUGAUAGUGCGGCGGUGAUUGAUGCGCUCAAGACGCGGCAGUUGGGUGGGUUGGCGUUGGAUGUGUAUGAGGCGGAGGGGGAGCUGUUUUACAAUGAUCAUUCGGGGGAGAUUAUUGAUGAUGAUGUUUUGAUGCGGUUGAUGACGUUUCCCAAUGUUUUGGUCUGUGGCCACCAGGGGUUCUUUACGAGUGAGGCUCUCACGGAGAUUGCGGGUGUCACGUUGUCGAAUCUGUCUGAUUUUGCUGGUGGGAAGUCAUGUGCAAAUACUCUGGUUACAGAGGGACAUGUACUGGUCCGAAGAGAUACCGCACCGGUGCGGUUGUAA